AGAAAAAAAAAACACAUAAGUCAUCUUUCAUCUCCUUCCUCUCUCUUCAUCUUUUUUAGUAAUCUCUCUACCUUAAUCUCUAGUUUUCUCAAAUGGUGCAUUUUGUCGUGGAAAAACCACAGAUAAUGUCAGCUAGUCAAAACGUUGUCGUAUCAGAGACCACAAGAUCAAGUAUCAUCCCCAACAACAACUCUUCUUCUCAGAAGCUCCCUCCUGGUUUAAUCUCAAUUUCCAAGAAAAAGCUUCUCAAGAACAUCGACAUCAUCAAUGGUGGUGGACAGAGAAUCAACGCUUGGGUCGAUUCAAUGCGAGCUUCUUCUCCUACUCAUCUCAAAUCACUUCCUUCUUCUAUCUCCUCACAGCAACACCUCAACUCAUGGAUCAUGCAACAUCCAUCAGCACUAGAAGUGUUCGAACAGAUAAUGGAAGCUUCGAGAGGGAAACAAAUCGUAAUGUUUCUUGAUUAUGACGGUACUCUCUCUCCCAUCGUUGAUGAUCCAGACAAAGCUUUCAUGUCAAGCAAGAUGAGAAGAACAGUAAAAAAAUUGGCUAAGUGUUUCCCCACUGCUAUAGUUACUGGUAGAUGCAUAGACAAGGUGUAUAAUUUUGUGAAGCUUGCUGAGCUGUAUUAUGCUGGAAGCCAUGGCAUGGACAUUAAAGGUCCAUCAAAAGGCUUCUCCAGACACAAGAGGGUUAAACAGUCUCUUCUGUACCAACCAGCUAAUGACUAUCUUCCCAUGAUCAAUGAAGUUUAUAGACAACUCUUGGAAAAAACCAAAUCAACUCCGGGAGCCAAAGUAGAAAACCACAAGUUUUGUGCUUCUGUGCACUUUCGUUGCGUCGAUGAGAAGAAAUGGAGCGAACUGGUUCUUCAGGUUCGGUCGGUAUUAAAAGAAUUCCCUACGCUGAAACUGACCCAAGGUCGGAAGGUUUUCGAAAUCCGUCCAAUGAUUGAAUGGGAUAAAGGAAAAGCUCUUGAGUUCUUGUUAGAGGCACUUGGAUUUGGGAACACUAACAAUGUUUUCCCGGUUUACAUCGGUGAUGAUCGGACUGACGAAGAUGCAUUUAAGAUGCUACGAGACAGAGGCGAAGGCUUUGGCAUUCUUGUCUCCAAGUUUCCCAAAGAUACUGAUGCUUCGUAUUCUUUGCAAGAUCCAUCCGAGGCAAGUCUAAAUAUAUAAUGAUUAAUAGUAUAUAUGUGUAACUAUAUACUAAUAUACAUAUCCAUGUAUUUAGCAGUUAAUGGUUUCUACUCGAGCUAACAUUCAAUCUCCUAAAUACGAAAUGAACAGGUUAAGGAUUU